GAAUUGAUAGGUAUAUAAUCAAAAAUGAUGUAACUGGCAAAGAAACCCUCCAACUUCAAUCGGUUACCACAAUGAAAUACCCGAGAUGCUAUUGCUUCACAUUGGUCCAUGAUAAACAACUCUUUAUUAUUGGCGGUACCGAUAAUAGAGAUGCAAAGGUUACCAUUGUUAACAAUAUCGAAGUCCUCAGUUUUGAAACCAAUAAAACUACCAUUUUUUUAGAUAAUCUCAAUGAACACAGCGAGAGAGUUGAAGGCAUUGCUUUUGAUGGUAUCUUUAUCUACAUCAUAACCUUUAAAAGGUUUUAUACAGUACAUAUCAAUACUAAAUUAAAAGGCAAAUAUUUAGAAUACCCUCCAAUCGAGAAUAUGAGAUGUGGAUACGCUUUGAUCAUCGGAACUGACAAUAAUGCAGACACUGUUAUCUACCUUAUUGGUAGUGGAUUGAAUCAUUAUUAUUAUAAAAUUAAAGAAAAUAAAUGGUACACACAACUAUCAAAAAGACCAAACGAAUAUUGUUUUCAUGGAUGUGGAGUUGAAUAUGAAGAAUCCGAGAAACAGGGGGGAUUUGAUAAAGGAGACAUAAUAGAAUCUUUUCUUCCAUAAUGUAGUGAACAAGGAUCAUUACUCAAUAAUAAUCAACAAUAAUUAAUAAUAAUCAACAAUUAUUUUAAUUUUUCAAAAAGAAUUUUAUAAAAACAUAAACAUUUCAUAUAAAUUUUAAAAAAUACAAUAUUUUUUAUAUAUAUUUACCGUUUAAUUAAUAAAAUAAAAAAAUAGGAUUUACACAAUAAUAAAAAUAUUGAUUCUAUUG